CAUAUAGAGACAGAAGUGUGAGUUAUGUUCAACAACGAUGAGAGGAUGCAAAAAUUUUCUGGAUUUAUAUGUGGAUGACGGCCAAGUCACUGAGGUUUGUUGAAGGUAGAGCUACUGGUGCUAAUAAUGUCGGCGGGUCUGCUUUCGAAGCCCCCGGCUUCUCUUGAUUUUGAGACCUCUGUUUUCAACAAGGAGAAGAUCAACCUCGCCGGUUAUGAUGAGUAUAUUGUGAGAGGAGGGAGAAAUCUGUUCCCUUUGCUGCCCAUUGCCUUCAAGGGAAUCAAGCAGAUUGGUGUUAUCGGUUGGGGUUCUCAGGGACCUGCUCAGGCUCAGAAUUUAAGAGACUCUCUUGCUGAAGCAAAGUCUGAUAUUGUCGUCAAGGUUGGAUUGAGAAAGGGCUCCCGUUCUUUUGCUGAAGCUCGGGCAGCUGGUUUUACAGAAGAUACUGGAACUCUGGGUGAUAUAUGGGAAACUGUCUCGGGCAGUGAUCUUGUUUUGCUUCUUAUUUCUGAUGCUGCACAGGUCUGUCUAAUGUCUGUUGCCCUUGGUUCUCCUUUCACAUUUGCUACAACUUUAGAGCUGGAAUAUAGAAGUGACAUCUUUGGCGAACGAGGCGUUUUACUUGGUGCUGUUCAUGGUGUUGUGGAGUCAUUAUUUAGAAGAUAUACUGAGAAUGGAAUGAAUGAAGAUUUGGCUUACAAGAAUACUGUUGAGUGCAUAACAGGAAUUAUAUCUAGAACAAUCUCAACCAAGGGCAUGUUGGCUGUUUACAAUUCCUUAUCUGAAGAAGGCAAAAAGGAAUUUGAGGCUGCAUAUAGUGCCUCAUAUUAUCCUUGCAUGGAGAUCUUGUAUGAGUGCUAUGAAGAUGUGGCCUGUGGUAGUGAGAUCCGAAGUGUUGUUCUGGCAGGACGUCGCUUCUAUGAAAAGGAAGGUCUACCGGCUUUUCCGAUGGGUAAUAUUGAUCAGACUCACAUGUGGAGAGUUGGUGAACGAGUCAGAUCAACACGACCAGCUGGUGAUCUGGGCCCAUUGUACCCCUUUACUGCUGGUGUUUAUUUUGCAUUAAUGAUGGCCCAGAUUGAGAUCUUGAGGAAAAAAGGACAUUCGUACUCUGAGAUCAUCAACGAAAGUGUAAUAGAGUCGGUGGAUUCAUUGAAUCCCUUUAUGCAUGCUCGUGGAGUUUCUUUCAUGGUUGAUAAUUGCUCGACUACUGCACGAUUGGGAUCAAGGAAAUGGGCUCCACGAUUUGAUUACAUCCUUACUCAGCAGGCUUUGGUUGCAGUGGACAAGGGUGCACCCGUCAACCAGGAACUCAUCAGCAACUUUCUCUCAGAUCCAGUCCAUGGAGCGAUUGAAGUGUGUGCUCAACUGAGACCUACAGUUGACAUUUCAGUCACCGCCGAUGCAGACUUUGUCCGACCAGAGUUGCGCCGGUCAGGCAAUUAAAAAACAACCUUUUGAGGAAGUCCAUCAUCAUUCUAGUAGUAUUGGUGACUACUGUUCUUUUGGUUCUAUGAAUUUGUAGACUUGCGUUGUAUGUAUGAGUUUGUUGUGAAAAAGCAAAGAUAUGAUGGUGAACGUUCUAUUAGUUAUUGUGAUGUAAUAGUAGUUAAUUAUUAGUAAUGUUGGAAUCCUUCUUUCAGUUUGAGAUCUAUAUGUAAAUGCUUUCUCAUC